UGGUAGAAACUCGACCCCAAUAGGUACGUGGUUAAAAGCUAAGGCUCGUUUUGAGGAGUGGUAGUCGUCAGCUAACCCCACACUAGGAACGCCAGAUGGGGUCAGGAAGUUCAUGGUCAAGACCACGUGAUGGAUUUGUGAAGCCACACUCAUCCAUCGCCGUCACCGUCGCCAGAGUCAGCAGCAGCCAGCAGCCAUCGCCGUAUCCGUUGCUCUCCCCAGAUCCUGCGCCGUUGUCUUCACGCCGUACCGCCGUCCUACCGACGCCGUCCCAGGCGUUCGCCAUCCCAGUCCUGCAGCCUGUUCCACCCGCCGUCACUUUCCCCCCACGAAUUUCCAGUCUUGGGCGGCUUGUGCUCUUCUCUCUCAUCGGAAUCGGUCGCAGCAAUUCCUGCACAGAAAAGCAUCAAGAAGAAGCAAACGGCUUAGCAGCUGUGAAGCCAGAGCAUCUGCAGGAGGGCUUGCAAAGGUCUUUGUGCAGUUUUAAAGACAAGGCAGCAUUACCUAAAAGCAAAACAAAGGAUGUGGAAUGCUUUUGGACAUUUACAGCCAUUAUGCUUUGGCUUGUGAGUUGUGAAAAGCUUUAACCGGAAACAUGCCCUCUACUUUUCCCUGGGAUAUUCUCUUUUUGCUUUCCUAAUAUAAAGAAAGGGAGGCUAAAGCUAGGAGGCAAGGGCCGGUGUUGGCGGGGAUGAAUAGUGUUUUCAGUGAAGUGAUACUUGCAGACAAGCUCUCCAAGCUCAACAGCAGUCAGCAGUGCAUUGAAAGUAAGUUUCUAAUCUUUUCAUUUUCGUGAUGUUUGGCUCAUGCUGCAUUCAUUGCAGCUCCUUUAACAUGGUUUCAUUUCCCUUUUUCUGUUAAUUCGCUACUUUGAGUGGCAACUUGAAUUCCCAUGUAGUGGAAUAAUGCAUUAGGAUUUUU